CCAUCCACCACCAUGAAUAAGCCAGUCAUUCUCUCUGUUUCUCUCUGCCUUCUUUUUCUCUUUCAAAGCUCCUUUGCUCGCUCUGCUUUCCAGCAGCAAAAUCAAUGCCAACUCGACAGGCUCCAUGCUCUCGAACCGGAUAACCGUAUUCAGUGUGAAGGUGGUGUUAUCGAGUCCUGGAAUCCCAACCACGACCAGUUCCAAUGCACUGGCUUAGCUGUUACCAGGCACACCGUUGAACCCAACGGCCUUUUAUUGCCUGCUUACAGCAAUGCCCCACAGCUAGUCUACAUUGUACAAGGUCAAGGUAUGUUAGGAGCUAUAUUUCCUGGAUGCGCUGAAACAUUCCAAGAAUCUCAGGAAACACGCAGUGGCAGCAGUGGAAAAGAACAGGAACAGCACCAAAAGAUCCGUCACUUCCGUAGUGGCGAUGUCAUUGCUUUGCCAGCUGGAGUAGCCAGCUGGAGUUACAACGAUGGUAAUGAACGCCUUGUUGCUGUUUCAGUCUACGACACAGCUAACAAUGCAAACCAGCUUGACAACAACCCCAAGAACUUCUAUCUAGCUGGUAACCCAGAAGAGGAGUUCCAGACACAGUCCAGACGCGAAGGUGAGCGUGAAUCACAAUUUGCCCACCACCGCGCCAGCGAGAGACAACAAGGCUCUUGCAACAAUAUGUUCUGCGGAAUGGACACACGGGCCAUUGCAGAAGCAUUCAACAUAGACGAGCAGCUGGCUAGAAAACUUCAGGGAGAGAAUGAUUUCAGAGGCAACAUUAUCAAGGUGGAAGGUCAGCUUCAAGUAGUCAGACCCCCAAGGACACAGCAAGAAAGAAUGGAGCAACAAGAACGAAGCAUAGGAGGUAGAAAUGGUGUCGAAGAGACUUUCUGCACUAUGAGGAUGAAGGAGAACAUUGCUGACCCCUCACGGGCUGAUGUGUUCGUCCCCGACGUUGGCCGUUUGAGCACUGUCAAUAGUCAUAACCUCCCUAUUCUUCGUUGGAUCCAACUCAGCGCUUCUCAUGUUGUUUUAGGCAAUAAUGCUGUGAGAUUGCCCCACUGGAACUUAAACGCCCACAGCUUAAUCUAUGCUGUGAGAGGCCAGGCAAGGAUUCAGGUGGUGGACGAAAAUGGCAAUAGCGUCUUCGAUGGAAAUGUGAGGGAAGGGCAGGUCUUGACAGUGCCACAGAACUUCAUCGUGGUGAAACGAGCGGAGAGUGAUAGGUUCGAGUAUGUUACCUUCAAGACCAACGAUAAUGCCAUGACUUCUGAUGUUGCUGGACGCACCUCAGCUGUUCGAGCCAUGCCUGUAGAGGUCUUAGCCAAUGCAUUUAGGGUUUCAGUUGAGGAUGCCAGUAGGAUCAAGUUUAAUAGGAAGGAGACUACCUUUGCUAGCUCACCGUCUGAGUCAGGAAGGAGGUCUACUGCUUAAGGAAUUAAAUAGUU